GUCCAUGCGUACACUUGCUCAGCCAACGGUAUUUUAAAGAAGGCGCUCGCGAGGCUGUCGUUUCUUCACCAUGGCAACCAUGGUCCGAUAAAUCGUCGAGUCUUCUUCGUUGUGGGCCGCUGCUGGUUCGUCAUGGCAGAGUUGGGUCUAAACGAUCACCAUCAGAAUGAAGUGAUCAACUAUAUGCGAUUUGCACGCUCUAAACGUGGUCUACGCCUCAAGACAGUAGACUCUUGUUUUCAGGACCUUAAGGAAAGCAGGCUUGUGGAAGACACAUUUACUAUUGAUGAAGUGACAGAUAUGCUGGAUGGUUUACAGACUAUAGUGCACAGUGAGGUGGAAUCAGAACUUAUUAACACAACUUACACCAAUGUAUUACUUUUACGGCAAAUUUUUUCCCAGGCAGAGAAGUGGUAUCUUAAAUUACAGACUGACUUUUCAGAACUGGAAAAUAGGGAUUUAUUAGAACAAGUUGCAGAGUUUGAAAAAUCAGAAUUUACAUCUUCAAAUAAGAAGACGAAUCCAGAGUUGGUUAAACCUAAACUUACUCCAUUGCAUGAGGGAGCAUCAGAAUUGCUAAACAAGGAAAUUGCAAGACUGCAUGAAGAAAAUGAAAAAUUGAAGACUCGAUUAAAGACAAUAGAGCUACAGGCUACAAAUGCACUGGAUGAAAAGUCAAAGUUAGAAAAGGCUUUACAGGACCUACAGAUUGCUCAGGGGGAUCCAAAGCUUAACCCUACUCAGGAUAUUAGUGAACUAGAAAAUACUGUGGCUAAUUUGAAGUGUCAGUUUGAAAAGACUUUGCAAGCUAGUACCGCAAGCCAAAAAUCCUUGGAAGAGAAUCUGGUGUCAACAAAACAUGACCUACUUAAGGUUCAAGACCAGUUGGCUCUGGCUGAAAAGGAAUUAGAAAAGAAGUUCCAAGAAACUGCUGCUUAUCGCAAUAUGAAAGAGAUUCUCUCCAAGAAGAAUGAGCAGAUAAAAGAGCUACGAAAGAAGCUUUCAAAAUAUGAGCCAGAUGAUUAAGAUCUGAAGAGCCUGUUUUGUUUCAAGAAACUGCCACAAAAUGAAAAUACAGGAGAUUUUGGAAAAGGAUCUAUUUUACAGUGUUUCAGUGUAUGUUUUCCAAGCAGUUUAUUUCCUUUUUUAAACAUUAUUUUAUUAUUAGAAAGCCAUAAGGAGAAUUCAGAAUAAAGAAAAAGACAUAUUUGUGGUUUAGGCCCAUUUUAAAUGUUUAGUUCAUGUGUUGCCUAAGAACUACAAAUACAGAGCAUUUACCCAUUUCUUUGUAUAGUAAAAAAAAGUUUAUUAUACAGUGGUUCAAAAUGUUUAAUUAUAGUUCUUUACAUACUGCUGAAAUACAGCUCUAAGGAAAUCUACUCCCUACAAUUUAUAUGCUUCUAAAACUUAGCUUUUCUUUUCCAGAUGUAUUAUGUUAUAUUCGAUUAUAUUUAUGUAAUUUGAAUCAAUUUACUUUAUUUGCAUAAUGACCUUUUUUCACAAAUGAUGCAAGUUGUCACAAAUAACAUAAUUUGGGCAAUGUACAAAAUGACAUAAUGAUCCAGUUCACAAUGAAUGACAUACCUUCAUAUUUAACUGUUUUUAUCCAAAAUGGUCUGUUAGAUUGAGCCUUUACUGUAGAUGGGUGAGUGGGUGGGUGUAUGUAUGCAGAAGAAGAAAAUGGUCAACCACUUCUAUAGUGGAUGGAUACGUUUUUUUAAAAUAAGAUUUGACCUGAAUUUUCAAAUCUAUUGCCGGCUACAAAUGCACUGGAUGAAAAGUCGAAGUUAGAAAAGGCUUUACAGGCCCUACAGAUUGCUCAGGGGGAUCAAAAGGUAAAAAUAUUAUUAAAUGUUUAAUUAUAGUUCUUUACAUACUGUUAAAAUAGAGCUCUAAGGAAAUCUACUCCCUACAAUUUAUAUGCUUUUGAAACACAGCUUUUCUUUUCCAGACAUAUUAGCAAGAAAUUUGAGUUGAUUUUAUUUCAUAAUUUGUUUAUUAUCUAUAUGUUAUAAAAAGUAUUAGUGGAGUAAUUUUCAGUAGAGGUUUUAAUCUAAUGGAAACUAGAGUAUGGUUCUCAUUUAAAAAUUAAUCAGUAAAAAGAAUUAUGUUGUUGUCUUACACAUCCAGUUGAAUUUAUUCUACCUGUCCAGUUCAGUCUGGUAGGUUGGGCAUGUUAUGUGUCCUGUCUGCCAAGGAAUGUUGGGGAUUAGGAGACGUGCCUUUUCCGCCAUAGCCCCUGCCCUCUGGAACAUUCUCCCUUCAGAGAUUAGGAUGACCCCAACCUUGUUGGCCUUUUGUAAGGCUGUGAAGACCUGGUUAUGUGCCCGGGCCUGGGGCCUGAGUGUGUUAAGGGCCCUGUUUCUUGGCUAUAUUAACAUCAAUGGCAAUAGUUUUACUUGGCGACCAUAUAUAUUUAUUUUGUAUUGUUUUAAUUGUUCUGUUUUUAUGAUCGUAUGCUGCCCAGAGUCACUUGUUGAGAUGGGGGGCUAUAGAAAUCAAAUUAAAAAAUAUUAAAUAGAAGAAGAAUAUUAUACUACAAAGAUUAGGCACAAACUGCUAAAUGUAGCUCCUUCAUUCUUUUCAGUGGCAAUUUGUUCAAAUUUGGGGCAGGCUACAUCUAAAAUUUGGAGAGAGUUUUUUUUUAAUCUUUCUAGACAACAUCUGUUAUCUUAACAGCUGCCAAUCUUAUUUUCAAAUUUUUCAGUUUGGUUAUUUUUGCUGACCUACAUUUAUAUAUUUUGUUACCAGAGUCUUAAUUGAGACAUGUAAUGGAAACUUCUGUUUUGGAUAUGUGACUUCUUUAUUGCAAAUAUACACAAACAACAAAUUUCUUUGUCCUUUCCACCACUGUAUUUCUAUUUAAAGUAAAUCAAUAGAAAAUAAAGUUAAUAUUAUAUAAUAGUUUUGUAUUUCAAAAAGAAAGGUCACUAUCUUUGGGAACUAAUUCUGUACUAUUCUAAGUACAUGCUCUAUUCAUAUCUUUACACUGUUAACAUCUAUUAUAGUAUUUUGAUUUUUUAUACCCAAAAUAUUUUUGGCCCAAUCUAUAUAACUAGAAGCUCAAAGCAGAAGGGUGAAGGUUAAUACAGCUGAGGGGACAGAAAUAAGGUUAGGCAAGCAUCAUCUUGCUCAGCCUCGCACUCAUGCUGCUUGAUGUCUCAAGUCUAAAUUUUAUACAAUAUUCUUUUUUUUUAAUUUGAGAAAAUUAAAAUUGAUUGAUAAAUGCA